AUGUCAGACGACGUGGAAAUUCGGCCUGAUCUGAUCGGUCCGGAUAAUGACUCUGAAUCUGACUACGCCACGGCUACGAGUGACUCAGACUUGGAGGACGACUCACCCGAACUAGCCUUUGCAGAGAGGCUUCUGAGUGAGAUACGAGAGGGCACCUACACCUGUUUGGUAUGCACCGGGGAAAUUGAUGGUGAGAGUCAGAUUUGGUCAUGUGAUGCUUGUUACAGGGUUUACGACCUCGCGUGUAUCCGUGAUUGGGCAAAGAGAGGCUCCUCUACUGGUGCCGAUAAAUCAUGGCGUUGCCCCUCUUGCAACGGGAAGCACUACACUCUUCCCAAGGAGUAUAGAUGUUGGUGUGGAAAGAUAUCCAACCCGCAAUCAAAUGUCUUUCAUCCACACAGUUGUGGCCAAACCUGCAAUAAGAGCCUGGAAAGCUGUGUUCACGAGUGCUCAUUCGAAUGCCAUCCGGGUCCCCACAUGAAAAGGUGUACGGCGCUGGGACCUUCCCUCCAUUGUAAUUGUGGUGAAAAAUCGAGACAGGUGCCUUGUAUAGUAACCUCCUAUGAUAAGGGAUGGCAAUGCGGAAAAGUUUGUGGCGAUCUGUUGCCAUGUGGAAUCCAUAGGUGUAAGAAGGUGUGUCAUUCUGGUGCUUGCGGAAGUUGUCCUGAAACGGUGAUAACCAAAUGUUAUUGUGGAAAACACACCAGAGAGGUUACGUGCUCGGAGAGAUCUUAUAAGAAAUCGGAUAUUGACGGAGAGUUGUGGAUUGGCACAUUUCCUUGCGAGGAUAUCUGCAAACAGACGUUUGACUGUGGGAACCACGUUUGUGUCCAGAACUGUCAUCCUUACACAGCCAAGUCUCACAUGUGUCCUCUUGGACCAGACGCUGUCACGUAUUGUGCUUGUGGUAAGAAAAAGCUUUCUGAUCUUCUAGAGCAUCCUAGAACUUCAUGUCUUGAUCCCAUCCCAACGUGCGGUGAAGUCUGUGGUAAGAAACUGCCUUGUGGCCAUGCCUGUAUUGACUUUUGUCACGAGGGCGAUUGUCGUUCGUGUAUGAAAACUGUCGACAUGAAAUGUUCAUGUGAAUAUUCCUCUUUCACGGUUCCGUGUGCGUUCAAGGUGUCUGGUUCCACUCCCAAGUGUACCCAUAAAUGUCAAGCCCUGUUGAGCUGCCGCAGACACAGAUGUGGUGAUGUCUGCUGUGACUUUGAACAAGUUGCUCUCAGGAGAGACAGGGAGUUGCAAAAGGGCCGUCGCAGAGUUGGAGGACAUUCUGCUGCUGCCCUGGAAGAGAUCAUCAAUAAUAUCGAAGCGAAACAUAUCUGUACCAAAGAGUGUGGUAAGCUACUAUCUUGUGGAUUGCACAGAUGUCAAAUGACAUGCCAUAUGGGCCCUUGUAAACCAUGUCUGGAGUCAAGCUCUGAUGAUCUGGUUUGCCAUUGUGGUCAGACGGUUGUUCCUGCACCUGUCAGAUGUGGAACCAAGCUACCAGUUUGUCCUCAUCAGUGUACUCGUCCUACAGCCUGCGGACAUAGACCUGAGUAUCACAACUGCCAUCCAGACGACCAAAGUUGCCCAAAAUGUACUUUUUUGAUGGUGAAAAAGUGUGGAUGUGAUAAGAAGGUUGAACUGCAGAAUAUUAUGUGUUACCAAGAAAAUAUUUCUUGUGGUAGGAUGUGUGGAAAGACACUGCCAUGCGGUGCGCAUAAGUGCACCAAGCUGUGCCAUGCCGAAGGCCAAUGCCUGAAGAAAUGUCCAUCUCCAUGUGGGAAACCCAAAGAUUGUGGACAUAUAUGUACGGAUACCUGUCAUGCUCCAUACACUUGCAAAGCACCUAUUCUGUGCAAUGAAAAGGUCACUAUCUUCUGCAAGUGCAAGAGAAUCUCGAAGCAAGUUCUCUGCAGCUCUCCCUCAAAGAACACUGUUUUGGAAUGUGAUUCAGAGUGUGCCAAGUUGGAAAGAAAUAGGAACUUAUUACAGGCUCUUAAUCUGAAAUCGUCCACUGUGAUCUCGCCAGACUCUCUUGACAGACUAACUAUGGAGAAGGUUCCAUACUCUGAGUUUGUUCUGGACAUUUUCAGGGACCAGAAAAAGUGGGCCCAGGGAAUUGAACAGGUUCUUCGGGAUCUGGUCAGCGGUAAUCUCAUGAGAGAAACAUACAGUUUCAAACCAAUGCAGAGGAUUCAGAGACAGUUUGUCCACGAGAUGGCAGAGGCAUAUAAACUCGACUCUGAGUCCCAGGACCCAGAACCCAAGAGAAACGUUUUUGUCAGGAUCAAGUCAGAUUCCCACGUCCCCUCUAUGAGUCUGGAGGAAGCUUUAGUCAUAACUGAGAAGCUCAAAGAGAGGGCCAGAGACAAACUACGGGUCCAGCCUACUACGGCAGAAUCAUCAUCCUUCUACAACGCCAUUGCCAUCCAAUAUGUGUUCUUCGGAAUGACUAGAAUAGCCAUCGAAGAUGCCAUAGGUCCCACCCUGGCCAAGUACAACAGUAUCAAAAAUCCAUCUGUAAAAUGGAUCAACGACUCGACAUUUGUGCUGUACCCAGACGGCCAGCACCAGGAGCCCACAGCCGAGCUUGAAGAAGGCCUCUCCAAACUUUGUGCUGAAAUGGCUCCAAUUCUUCAAAAGGCUUCAAUUGCAUUUUCCUGUGCCCUUUGUAAAAUAGACAGGACAGGGACUACUUUAUUUGACCUGAAGAAGCCAAGCGAAAAGACCGAGGCCUCCAACGACGAUACUAAAAUCGGUGGUCCGCCCGUCGUUGUGCCUCCCAUACCAGCAGACGAUUUUAACUGGUACUGA